GAAAGAAGGGAACAAAGAACCAGAGACAGAAGGAGUGAGUCCGGUGAGAGCCUCGGACAACUCUCAUAAGUCAUUUGAGGAAGAGCAUCCUGCCUCCAGGCUGUGGAAGAGCGAUGGGAGCGCUGCUGGGACUGUGGUUUUUACUGAGCGUAACUCAGAUAUGCAGCGGAGCAGAUGACAUCACUGUGUCAGUGUUCACGGUCACUUCCAAAAGCAUGACGAUGCAGUGGAGCCAUUACUCCGGCGCCAUCUCCUACAGGAUCACUGCAACACCCAAAAACUCCCCCGAAUCUUCAGUCUUUGCCCAGUACAGUGGUCAAACAGUCAUGGCGUCGCUCAACUCACUGUCACCAAACACCGUGUACAUUGUGCGCAUCGAGGCCAUGGACAACGCUCUGAAUGUCCUGAGCAGCGCGGAGACCGAGGACACGACAGCCCCUGAGGUGCCAGUGAUCGUGGAGGCCUAUUCCAAGCACAGCGACAGCAUCACUGUGAAGUUCGGAGAAGUUACCGGGGCAACCAGCUACAUCCUGAGGGCAGAGUCAGACAAUGGCGACUUCUUCUCCGAGACUGUGGUGAGCAGCUCGCCAGGAACCAUCGUGGGCCUCCAGCCGUACACAGAAUACAGACUCAGUGUCAUGUCUGUCAACGCCGGAGGGUGGAGCCAACCUUCCGAAUACAUUGAUGCCAGGACAGUGGUGAUGGCGCCAAACCUAGAGACCGCCUCUCCUGACAACGCUACCAUCAACGUCGCUUGGACCCCCAUCGAGAACGCCGUCCUGUACACGCUCUGCAUCAUCCAGGAAGGCUCCAGCUCCCGAUUCAAACUCAACACAACGGAUACCAAUGUAACCUUCGAUGACCUUCAAGCGGGUAUGACCUACUGCAUCAAAGGGAACGCAUGGGAUGAGGAAGGUCGCGCCGGGGACGACCUAACCGUCUGCCAGAUCACACGCCCGCCAACCCCGAACGUCAUCCACGUCCAGGUGACCCAGGGUCGGACUCUGAGCAUCACUGUGUACUGGAUGUCGGUGCAAGGAGCUGAGGGCUAUGUAGCUGAGGCUACGUCCAGUGAAAACUGUACGGCUACAGUCAGUAACUUCUGCUACAUCAAUUCAGUUCAAUGUGGUCAGAUGAAUUCGGUGAGGGUCGUCGCCAUCAACUCAGCCGGACCGAGCCAACAUUCAAGUCCGAGAACCUACAAAACAUAUCCUUGUCCUCCUGAAAACAUCUCUGUGGAAGAGUCGGAAGCAGGCAACUGCUCAGUGGUGUGGUCAGAAGUGGAACUAGCCGACUACUAUAUCGCCUACCACAAGAGGAACGAUGGCACUGAGAAGAUAUGCAACACCACCGGCACGACCUGCUCCUUCUACUGCAAGUGCGGCUACACCUACCUCACCACUGUCUUCCCUUACAACGAGGCGGGUUCCAGUCCUUACGCCAAUGUCCGCAAUUACACCACAAUUCCCUGUUGCCCCGAGGACGUUGCCGUGAAACUGGUCUCGACGGAGACCCUGGAGAUUAUGUGGUCGGGGGUCAAAGGCGCAGAGUUGUAUGAAACCACAGCGACGGAGACCGAUGAAACCAUUCACUGUAACGACACGGCGCCGGUGUGUGCGCUCUCAGAUCUGACCUGUAACACCCGCUACUCUGUGGUGGUCACACCCUGCAGCGAGCUCAGGGGAUGCAACCGAACUUGCAGAGCUCACACACACGAGACAGCUCCGUGCGCUCCGGAGCUGCUGGACAUGACGCAGUACGACGACUCCACCUACACGGUGCAGUUCUCCACGCCGAACAACGACAACACCAGCUACACCAUCACGGCGACAGGCCGCUACGACACGCACACUUGUCACUCCAUGAAUAGCUCCUGCGACCUCACAAAUCUGCCUUGUGGGUCGAUAUACGAGGUGGAAGCAGUGGCCACCAGCUCUGUAGGCCAGAGUCUCCCAGGAUACAGCAAAACUUUAGAGACAGGUCCUUGCUGUCCGGCCUCCAUCAACGUAACUCAAGUCACUCAAGCUAUGACAAACGUGACCUGGUCGCCGGGUUACGGCGCUCGCUCCUACGUCGUCGCGCUGACGUCAUCUCGCGGACACGCCAAGUGUCACACUCUGGACAACCACUGCCUGAUGGGGUGCAUCACCUGUGGCACCAACUACAGCGUAGAGGUGGAAGCCAUCAGUCGCACCGGACACAUAUCCAACUGCAAACAAAAAGGAUUCUCAUCGAGCGCCUGCUGUCCCACCAACGUCAAACUCACCCGCAGGACUAACAACAUCUUGAGGGUGCAGUGGCGCUCUUUUGGCCUGCAGGUCCAGAAUCACACAGUGCAACUGUACGGGACCGGAGCCAACUACACGUGUGUGGCGUCAGCCGGACGCAAAUACUGCGACUUUCAGGAGACGACCUGCGGGGACGUGUACACGGUGGCGGCGGCACCAGUCGGUCCGGACGGAGUAGAAGUCAGUUUCUGCCAGCUCAGAACGUUCACUGUUCCCUGUCCUGGAAAUAGUGCAGUGAUCGCUCGCGGACGAAGAAGCGUCGCUUGAAGACGGUGGAUUACAAAGAACAAGUGAGCAACGAUCCCCUCCAGCUCCACUAGAAUAUUGGUUACAGCGACGGUGAAAGAUCUGCACCAGAAGAACCUUCAUAGACUGACUCUUCGGAACCUGCCUCAAGACCUAAUGCAGGAAAAACUAUGGCAUAAACAGACCUAAGACUUGAGACUAGAGAAAUGCUGGCACCUUUAUAUCAAAUGAAUCUAAGUCAAAGCCAAAGAGCCAGACCACCUUGCAUCCUUUCAAAAGACUAAACUAAUGUGGCUGGUUUUAAUAACUGUACAGAGGAAGAAAAUAGAUUCCCCCCUCGAAGAUCUGAGUCGGUUUAAGCAGGCCGAGAUUAUAAACGUCAACUGACAGUGACAAGAAGUUUUAAAGCAGAUAGAAGUGAUGGAUGAGUGAAUAUAUAAAGGUGCAUCAGGAAUAACAUCUUUUGCACUUUUGUAACUCGACCAUCUAGACGAUUCAGUCUUUAAGAACAAAUUUGACUACAAUAACUUACAUAAUUUGACUGACACAAAACAAAAAAGCACAAAAAACAAGUUAGAUAUAACAAACACACACAUACAAGGAGGUAAACUGGCAUUUAUGAGUCAUAAACUUGGGCGACCUAUGUGCAACUAAGAUGAAGUUCUGAGGUCAGAGAAGACAUGAAGCAAUAAACUCAAAUGCUUGAGUUAUUAUACAAAAUUGAAAAGAUUGUAGGACUUCACUAACUAGAAGGCCUCCACAGAAACUUGGUGUUGACGCUGACCUCCAAAACAUGCAGUAAAAGUGGGGCAGCCUGCGGUCGCACAUGACAAGUCCAGUGGACGAUCCAUCUAGUCAGAUAAAGACAUGCUGAAUGUUUUCUUUAAUGUGUGGAUUUGUUUUCCAACUUGUAGAU